UCCCACGGUGCAUGAAUGCACAGUGUUGCACUGGGUCUGCGGUGCUCUGGUGCUUUCCAGGACUCACAGCAUCAUGGUGUCUCCUGUGGUUUUACUCCUAACCUUCUGUGUGUUGGCUGCACAUGGACAGUAUGACACGGAGGAUUACUAUUACGAAUAUGAAACCCCCACUGAAACAACAGAUGUGAGCUUCUCAGAUGUCUUAGAUGACUGGCUGUAUGAUCUCUUUGACCUCAAAGAUGAGUGUGAUCCCAAUCCAUGUCUCAACGGGGGUCGUUGUGAUACUGCCAAAGGCGGCUUUGUAUGUUCCUGCCCUGAACCCUACACAGGCAAGAAGUGUUCAAAAGUAAAAAACGUUUGCAAGAAUGCCAAGUGUGGCCGUGGCGACUGUCUUAUGACCAAAACUGCACCUUUCUACGAGUGCAAGUGUACAGCUCCCUACAAGCCACCUGCCUGCAGGAAAGCGUCUCCCUGUAAACCCAGCCCCUGUCUCAACGGAGGCUCCUGUGUAAAAGGCCGAACCAGGGCCUCCUUCAGCUGCAACUGUCCAGGCAACUACAGCGGGAAGUUCUGCCAAGUUGAUCCCAACGACUGUUACCAGGAAGAUGGGGAGAACUACCGGGGGACUGUGAGUGAGACAGAGGGAGGAGAGGACUGUCUCAACUGGAACUCCUUUUUCAUCUUGGAGAAAGGAGGGGACCCUUUCACAGACUACCCGGACUUUGAUGGUAUCGGCCCACACAACAACUGCAGAAACCCUGAUGGAGAUUCCAGACCCUGGUGUUUUGUCAACAAAAGAGGCAAACUCAGGUGGGACCACUGCAAUGUGAGGAGUUGCUCUGGCUCAGUUCAACCAACCCCCAUAACCAUCUAUGAGACAGAUGUCCCAGCCACAGGAAGCCCUACUCCUGCAGCAGAGUUCUCCCAGUGUGGGAAUCCCCAGCCCGUCCGCACGGCCAGGAUCUUUGGGGGGAUGAAGUCUCAACCUGGGGCCCAUCCUUGGCAGGUGUCCCUGCAGACAAGACCCGGUCAAGAUUCAGCCCAGUCCUUUAGCCACACAUGUGGAGGCAUCCUUAUUGAAUCCUGCUGGGUGCUCACGGCUGCCCACUGCAUUAAUGGUGGCAGUGCCAUGAGGGUGGUCUUAGGUGGAGUGGACAUAGAGAAGGAUGAGGAGUUUGACCAGACCAUUGAUGUGGAGAAAGCCAUCAUCCACGAGAAAUACAGAGAGGAAACGUUUGCUCUAUAUAACGACAUCGCUCUUCUCAAACUGAAGGGCAUGAACGGCCGCUGUGCCAAAGAGACUCGCUUUGUGAAGACGGCCUGUCUGCCCAACCACAAGUUUUCUGAUGGGACGGAGUGUGUCAUCUCAGGAUGGGGAGUCACAGAGACAAAGAAGUAUGGCAGUAAUCAGCUGCUGAACGCACGUGUGGUCCUGAUCUCCCAGGAUCGCUGCAAGAACCCUACUGUCUACGGAAAUGUCUUAGACAACAGCAUGUUCUGUGCUGGCAACCUAAAGGGAGGAGUGGACUCAUGUCAGGGUGACUCUGGUGGCCCCCUGGUGUGUGAGCAGAACGGGACCCAUUAUGUGACGGGAGUGGUGAGCUGGGGAGACGGCUGUGGGAAGAAGAACAAGCCAGGCGUGUACGCCGAUGUCACGCAGUUUGUCGACUGGAUCGCUGCUAAGAUAAUAGCAUAGGAGGGCUCAGCACGAGAAACAUUGAACCUCUUUUCCGGUUUGUUCUUAUGAAGGGAGUCAGGUGGCUGAGCGGUGAGGGAAUCGGGCUGGUAAUCCGAAGGUUGCCAGUUCGAUUCCCGGUCAUGCAAACUGACGUUGUGUCCUUGGGCAAGGCACUUCACCCUACUUGCCUCGGGGGGAAUGUCCCUGUACUUACUGUAAGUCGCUCUGGAUAAGAGCGUCUGCUAAAUGAUCAAAUCCAUGAAAGUUACAAUACCAAUACAUUGAAGUGACUCUCGAGUCGUUUAUUUUUCGGAUGUCAAAAACAAGCCUUUACCCCCAGUCCAGCUUUGAGUUCUUACCAUAGAGGCACCAGUACAUUCUCACAAAGCUGAACCUGCCAGACAAAUACACAGAUCUAAUAUCGCCUUAAUAUAGUUCUCAACAAGUAUUCUCAUAUGAGCGCCCAAAUACAGCACCAGACUAAAAUGACCUAACGGUUGUCAGUCUUACAGCUAUACCUUAUAAGAGUUACUUAUUGGUUCAACAAUGAAUCAAUCGUUGUCCAGACCUUAUUCAUGAUGCUUGAACCUGCAACCUGUCUGUUCAUAAAGAUAUAUAAAAUAAAUGAAUGAUUAAAUACA